AUGUCCACCAAAUUUAUCAAUGUUCUAUCCAGUUUAUAUACCGAAAAUCGUGCUGCUGUAUGGGAUGGGGAACACUUGUCAGAGUGGUUUGCUACUGUUUCAGGAGUUAAACAAGGUUGCGUACUCAGUCCGAUUCUAUUCUCAAUUUAUAUAGACGAUGUGGUUACACAUCUAUCUGGAGGCGCAUUUAUAAAUGGUGUAAAUAUUAAAGCUCUUUUGUAUGCAGACGAUAUCGUUCUCCUAGCAGAAAGUCCCAAUUGUCUACAAAUUAUGAUAAAUGAGCUACACAGUUACUGUAAGCUAUGGGGAUUAACAGUUAAUAUUGAAAAGUCAAAAGCACUAGUAUUUAAAAAGCAUCACAGGCGGUAUACAAAUGAAGAAGUAUGGACAUUAGGCGGAGAAAAUGUAGAAAUCGUUAAGGAAUACAAGUAUCUUGGAACAUGGAUGUAUUAUAAUGCUACAUUUAAUAGACACUUAACUGAAAAAUUGAGAGAAGCUAAAAAAGCUAUUAACUGCUCAUCAAUAAUGUGCUAUGCGGCUCAGGUAUGGGGAGUGCUACAAUAUGAGGAAGUUGAAAAACUUUUACGAUUUUUUGUAAAAAAAAUAUGGAGAUUACCGCUUAACACACCUAACCGAAUGAUUUAUUUGGAGACUGGCUUGUCACCUCUGUACUUGUACACUUUAGAAAUCCACUUCAAGUAUAUGUUAAAAGUUUGCAACAUGGAAAGCUCGCGGUUACCUAAAAUAUUAGCUAUAUCUCUAAUGCAGGAGAAGAGUCACUGUUUUAAAACGUGGACUGAAUUAGCAUCGGUUCACCGUGAACCGCUGAUAAUCGAUAACAUACAUUCGUGGAAGCAUUGGCAGCAAAAUAUAUUAGUAAAAAUCGGUAUUGCGUUUAGAGAAAAGUUCGUAGCAGAAAGUCGACAAAGCUUAACUCGUGUUUUACACAGGCAACUUAAUUAUGACCUAGGCAACAACAGUUACUUCGCAGAUCGUUUUAGCGCUGAAGCAAUUGGAUGUAUUUUCAAAACUCGAGGAGAACUGUUAAAGCUCAACAACGCUCCCUAUAUGAACUCGUCAGACCCGAGAUGCACGCUGUGCAAUACUGGAGAAAAGGAAGAUGUAAUACAUUUUCUUAGUAAAUGUCCAAUUUUAAUGGAGCUACGGGUAAAUUAUUUUGGAAAACAAACGUUAGAUAUUAACGAAUUAAUGAGGCUGCUAAAUGGUGAAAACUGGCAUAUGUUAUCGAUCUAUGUGAAAACGGCGUCUCGUUAUAGAGAAAAUAUUAUAUUAGAGGCAUUUUAA